UCGGUGGUGUUCAGAAACACUACACCACUCAUGAAAACAACGGCCGGGUGCUAAUCUCAUUUUCCCUAAUGUAUUGCCCUCCAAAUAUGUUAGACAUCAAUCCCAGCCAACUACCAGGUUGGUGAAGACUCAGUCUGUAAGCAGAGACUUACGACAUCUUUAAAUCUCUGUGUGAUGUUCAGAGAAGUUUGGGUGCUUUAUAAAUGUUAAUGAUUCAGCUUAAUUUGGAACUAAAGAGACAUUUUGCAUACAUAUUUGCAGCCAUCUGUACCAAUCUACAUAUUGAUCAAUAUCUGCUUAUAAUGUAGAGGUAAUAUUGCAGCAUAGCUGUAAUACCCAGUGUGAUGUCAUGGACAGUGAUGGACUAGGCUCUAGGAGACCUGGAUUGGAAUCCCUGCUUGGCCAUGAAAACUCAGGUUCUAGGUUUUAUGAAAAUGAACUUAAGAAAGAUCAACAAGUUAACAAACGAAUUGAAAAAAUGCUGGAACUAAAAAAUAAAAUUACAGAUCAACAGAUUAUGAAAGCACAGUUACAGGUGGAUAAGAUUGCCAUGGAACUGGAUCAGAGGCGUGAUCUCAGCUGUACUAUUGUGCACAUUGACAUGGAUGCCUUUUAUGCAGCUGUUGAAAUGAGAGACAAUCCUGACUUAAGGGAUAAACCUAUUGCAGUAGGAUCAUUGAAUAUGUUGUCCACUUCAAAUUAUCAUGCUAGAAGAUAUGGGGUACGGGCUGCCAUGCCUGGCUUCAUAGCUAAGAAACUCUGCCCACACCUUAUAAUAGUGCCGUUAAACUUUCACAAAUAUAAAGAAGUAAGUAAAAAGGUCAGGGAAAUACUGGCUGAAUAUGAUCCAUACUUUAUGCCUGUGGGCCUUGACGAAGCCUACUUGAACAUCACAGAAUAUUUAGAAGAGCGAAAGAACUGGGAUGAAGACAAAAGAAGGCAUUUAAUCCCAACAUCUAGCUCUACUCUAAAUGAUGAACAAGAACAUCAGCAAUCAACAGCUCCAGUAAAAUCAAUUGUCUUUGGAAUAUCAGCUGAGGAUGUUGUAGAAGAAAUUCGCUUUAGAAUUGAACAAAAAACAGGGCUAACUGCCAGUGCUGGUAUCGCUCCAAAUAUGAUGUUGUCAAAAAUGUGCAGUGAUCAAAAUAAGCCUAAUGGUCAAUACAGAAUUCCUCCAGAAAGAGAAGCUGUGAUGAACUUCAUCAGAGAUUUAGCUAUUAGAAAGGUGCCCGGCAUAGGAAAAGUAACAGAGAAAAUGCUCAAAGCUUUGGGAAUUGUGACUUGCACAGAUCUUUACAAGCAGAGGGCACUGAUUUAUCUUCUUUUCUCUGAAACAUCAUGGCGCAAUUUCUUGGAAAUCUCUCUUGGUUUGGGUUCAACACAUCUGGAGAGGGAUGGAGAAAGAAAAAGUAUGAGUACUGAAAGGACAUUUAAUGAAAUAAGUGCAACGGAACAGUACACAUUGUGUAAAGAACUGUGCAGUGACCUUGCUCAGGAUUUGAAAAAGGAAGGACUGAAAGCUAGAACUGUAACUUUAAAGUUGAAGAAUGUAAACUUUGAGGUAAAGACAAGAGCUACUACCAUACUAUCUGCAGUUUCCACUGAAGAAGAAAUAUUUGCUGUUGCUAAAGAUUUGCUUAGAUUGGAAAUGGAGACUGUGGCCCCACAGCCUUUACGCCUACGAUUGAUGGGUGUACGAGUAUCAGGUUUUCUAAAUGAAGAAGAAAAGAAAUAUCAACAAAAGAGCAUUGUUAAUUUCUUAGAGCCAGGAAAACAAGCCAGUGCUUCUAGGUUCUUCUCCAGAAAAUCUGUUGAUGAAAAUCUUCCAAAAGCAUCGGAAAGUUUUUUCAAUAAAAAGCGAGCUAUAAGCCAGCAAGCCAGCCAAGGGCUUUCUUUAAAUGAGUCUUCAAAGAAGCUGAAUCUACAAGAUACAACAUCAGUGAUGUUUGUUGAGCAAGCAAAGGAUAAUGAAUGUCAGACCUUCAUUUGUCCAGCUUGCUUUAAGGAACACCAGGGUAGCACUUUAGAGGCAUUUAAUCAGCAUAUUGACAAGUGCCUUGCUGGAACAUUAGAAAAAGAUGAUGGAAAAAUGACUAAUAUCAAUAUACCAUGGGAGAAUGCAACUGAAGAGUCUGUAGAGAGGGGGAACAAAGAAUGUAAACAAAAUAAUGCAAGCAAGCCAGGGAUUGAAGUGCAAUCAGGUUAUGCAGUUGAUCAUGUGAAUAGUGGCAUGGAUAUUGUUCCUAAGCUGCAAGAUGAUGCACACAGUAAUAAAAAUGGACAUAAUAUUUCUAGUGAUUUUGUAUUUGGUAUGCAUGAAAAACAGGAUUUUUCUUCUAAACCCUUAUUAGUAGAAGAAAGAGAAUAUACUGAAGAGCCUAGUUGUACAGACACCAACUCAUCAUGUUCUGACAGUUUUGAAAGCAAGACUUUAGUUUGUCCUGUUUGCAAUUUAGAACAAAAAACAAAGGACCUUGCAUUAUUUAACAGGCACGUGGAUGUUUGUUUAAACAAAGGCAUUAUCAAAGAGUUGACAGAAGGUUCAAAAACUGUAGGACCCUUCAACAGAGGGCAAAAUAAAGCAAACUCCACAGUAGGAUCAAAACGGUCUGCAACAAUGGCUCCCCAGUCAACAUCCAAAAAACCCAAAUCAACUAAUUUGAAGUGUACUAUAGAAACAUUUUUCAAAUGAAUAUAAUAUAUUUUAAGGAUAAUUUGAGCAUUUUGACAGCAGUGUGUUUGAAUAGAAAAUGUAUUGCUCAGGCUGUAUUCGUUGUGUAUACCUCUUAUAGAUAAUUUUGCACUAUUGAAACUAAUAGUUCACUCUCAGACAUGUUACUGUUGCCUUACAUUAUAUUUGAUAGUCUGAUAUAAUGAAGGAUGAUAAUGUCUUUAAAAGUCAGCAGCUCUCAGUGUAUUUUAGUGUUGAUGAUUUUCAUUAAUCUUAUGUAUGAAAGAAAAGUGGGCUUUCACUUGGUAAUGAACAGAUGUAUCUGAUAAACCAGAUGUUAUUAAAUACAAGCUUUUGAAGACAUGGGCAAUAAGGCCAAGAUUUUAGACUUUACUCAUAUGCUGUUAUGCUGAAUGAAAAUAUACUAUGAUUGCACAUUUAGCAUCUAAAUUCAAACAUUUUGAAUCUGAUCUAUACACAGUCAUGCACACACGCAAACUCAGUAGACAAAAAUUUAAUAAUUGUUAAUUUAAACAGGAGAUCUGCUAUCUUUCUGCACAUGGCAAGAAUUUCCUUUACCAUACAGAUUAGACUGAAUUAAUACAAAACAGUUAAAUUAGCUGUCUGAUAGUUGUGUGCAUCAAAUAUAGGUGAGCUGAGAUUAUUUUAUAUUUGAAUAUAAAAAUACAGCUAUUUUGGUCUUGUUCAUGUUUUUAAGAGCUUGCCACUUGGAAAACAUUGCCUGUGUGAUUUUGUAGAAAACUAUUUUCAGUACAGUUGUUGAAAAACAAUUUCUGCCCUCCCAGAACAACUGACUUCACUUCUUGCUGAAUUAAACCUAUUGAGCAUUGUGACUAAACAGAUUGUGUGCAAUAGAUCAAACGUGAAGAAAAUAGAGUAGGAAACUGUAUCAUGCAAUAAAGCCAUACAAAUACUCAGAUAAUCUCAUAGUAAUAGAAUGAAUUGCACUUAGCUCUUAAAUGAAGAUAUUUUCUCAACUGCAUUUUAAAGGGAUAUGCACAUGGUUUAGAUUGUUUAUAAAUAUUAUAUCUAUUUGUGUAUAUAGAGAUCAUGUCUUCUGCAUUUUAAAAUUAAUUUUAUUCUUAAUAUAUUCAUUAUAGGUAUUUAAAACAAUUUUAUAAAGUUCAAUUUCUUUAAUUGUAAACUCAGAGUAAUAUGAAAUAGUUGGAAAUUUUGUAAAACAUUUGUAUAUUAUUAAA